AUGCCAUUCUUGAACAAGGAAUAUUUGACCCUGGUGCCCUCAUCUGUAAACCCACAGUGUUUGUUUGGGGGUUCCUGCCCCUCUGUAUGGCAGAAUACGAUGGUUAUGUCUCAGGGCACAUACACUUUCCUUAGUUGCUUUGCUGGAUUUUGGUUAAUUUGGGGAUUUAUUGUACUCCUCUGCUGCCUCUGUAGCUUUCUCAGGCGCCGGAUGAAGAGACGCCGGGACGAGAGGUUGAGGGAACAGAGCUUGCGUUCAGUGCACAUAGAACCACUGCAAUACGAGGAGUAUGUGAGCAGUCCCCGCAUUCCUGUGUCACACAGGAUACGGGCACAGCAGGCCCAACCAUCACAGCCACCAGCUGCACAAGCUAGGCCCUGGUCUGCCUCCACCCGCAGGAAUGGUAAGGAAAAAAUAUGAAAUUCGCACACACUUAUACUCAUACAUGCCCGUUUCCAAGGUAUGAAGAAGAUACAAGUCUUAAUGGACACAAAUAACAGUGACAGUUGUACCAGACUGGUCAUCGUGCCAUCUCAUCAGUUCAUCUCAUCGGGUUAUCUCAUAAUUGUAGAUUAAAUUGGGAUCCUUAAAAUUUAAAGCACUUACAAACUCUAAUUUACUGGAUUUAAAAAAAAAAAAUUUUGCACAUAAGAAAGAGCCUCAUUUAUUUAAUUGUUGACCAAUUUGGAUAUAUAUCGAGAUCUCACCAUGUUCUUUCAGGGUCUUUUCUGAACAUUUAGGAUGGGUUAUUAUGAGCAAAUUUAAGAAGAUAGGUCUCGAUUCAAUAUUUUUAGAUAAGCUUUUCAAAUGAUCAUAAACUGGGUACACCAGAAUAAUUCCACCAAUAAACUCUGCUCAUUUAGAAAAGUAACAGAUAAAGUCUAUGGGAAUUUUGGUAGCUAAAUUCUUUGAAACAUUUUUCUAACAGAUCAUGAUCAUUUGAAGUUUAUCUGAAAAUGUUACAAAUAUAUAUACCAUUUAUCUGUUAUCUUUUUCUUUUUAAUUAGAUAUUUUAAAUUCCAGGUAUGCUUAGCUUGACGUUGGCUUAUCCUCUCAUGGCCAUUGGAGGUAACUAAAAAACCUCCAUUUGUUUAAAAAUACAUAGGGAUUAAGGAGAGAGCGCAGGUAACUUGUUUUUCCUGUACUUAUAUUUCUGUUUAUGGGGACAUUUCUCUUGUUCCCAUCACAGAAAAGAACAGGAAGGUAUUUGUUUUAAUUAUCACCUAGACUUGUACACACCGAAAAUUCGGUGUGGUUGAACUAUUUUUUCCAACAGUAGGCAAUUUUUCAGGACACUCUUAUUUCGAUGAAUUUUUUUGGUUCGGCUUUGGAGAAUUUUGGUACUGAAAACCGAUCCAGAAACAAAUCGGAUGACCUAAAGGGGUGCAACAAUGGGGUAAUCAUUGUACAGCGCAAUAUAGACAUUAUAUAAUAGUAUGUCUGUAUUUGGCAGUACACUGAUAGGAGAAUUUUCCCGACUUGGGUGGAAUUCAGAAUCACGAAUAAAAGAACAUGUUCAGCCAUUCUGCGUCUCAUUUGGUUCCUCAUUUGGCUGCAUCUGGCUCCGAGUUUGGAAAUUGGGCCAAUCACCCAAUCAGCCCAUUUUCAGACGAAUUGCAGUUUGGAUUGAAACAAAUCUAUUAUCAACAGACAUCAUGAAAAUAUGAAACUUGAGCCUAGAUACAAUACUAUGUGAAACAUUGUGUAGAACAUUCCAUAAAACCAUUAAAAAUAAUUAUAGUAGGAAGUGUGCAGCUUAGAGCUGUUAUGAUUCUUGGAGUGUCACUUUAAGGGUAAAAUAAGCUACUAUAAACGGCUUUUCUUAUGAUGCUUAUGGAGUCACUCUAAAAGCAUAUGAGCCAUUAGGGAAAUCACAAAAAAAUAAUAUAUCAUUACCUUACUUGCUUGGAAUCUAAUUCAUGAAUAUUCACUGACCUGAUGUUAUGCAUUGUAUUGCGCAUUGCAAUGGAACAUUCCCAUGAGCAAUAUUAAGAAAAUAAUAUUUAUUAAACAUAUUAUUGGCUGCGGCAAUGGGGUAGUCGUAGCCAGUAAUCCCGUGGGAAAUCUGUGAGUGUACUUUUGUUUUUUUGAGGAUGCGACAUUGCAAUCUUAUUACAGGACAGGGUAUUUAACAGUUAAUUUAAAGGGACACUAUAUGCAUUUAAACAAUUUCAGCUUAAUCAAGCUGUUUUGGUGUAUAGGUUAUACAACUGUGGUCUCAAUGCUCAAUUCACUGCCAUAUAGGAUUUAAAUCAUGUUUGUUUCUGUUUAUGCAGCCCUAGCCACACCUUCCCUGGCUGUGACCAAAAGUUUUUAUUACCUGCUUUAAAUUGAACUUUAAUCACACACCGGGGGCUCCUGUAGGGUCUAGGACGCUAUUAACAGAUCAUUAACCGGUUACAGGAAACAGAAACUCUGCGCGGAACAGGAGUUUCUGUUUCCUGUAACCGGCCGGACUGACAGGAAGUGCACACUCAGCGUGAGCCUUCCUAUCAGUCUGGCCGGGCACCGUGGACCAGCGAGCAGCUCGGCCACGCUACAGGGGAGGGGGGGAGAGGAGCAGCUGCAGCCGCCUGAGGCUCUUAACAGAGCGCUCAGGCGGCUGCAGCAUUUAAAGGGCCGGCCCUGCAGCGGCCGGUCCCAACAGAAUUUAGGGCGGCCUGGGGGGCAAUUGCCUCCCUGCCCCCGGCCCAGCCCGCCCCUGGUGGCAGGCAUGCCGGUCUCACCAGAGUUAGAGACAGAGGAUCAGCUAGAACAUUAACAGAGUGUGCUGGCUCCCUCCACAAAGCCACUUGACCACCAGGGAAUGCAAUCUCCCCCCUCCCUGGACACUUAAGGAACAUGGAGGGGGAAUAAAGAAGAUGUGCUGAUAUAAAGGUAAAAAAAAUAAAUAAAAUAAAAAAUAAAAAUGCUUCCACCCCCCUCACCCCCAGAAUGCAGCCCAUAUCCUUACACAAACUCUGCAGUCACUAUAUACACUCUGCAUUCCCUACACAUACACUACAUUCCCUAUAGACACUCUGCAUUCACUACACAUACACUAUAUUCACUAUACACACUCUGCAUUCACCACACACACACACACUACAUUCACUAUGCACACAUUGCAGUCACUAUAUACACUCUACAUUAAGUACAUACUACAUUCACCACACACACUACAUUCACUACAGACACACUACAUUUACUGUACACACUAUGUUCACUACAAACACACUACAUUCACUAUACAGACUAUUCAGUCACUAUACACACUCUACAUCCACUACACAAACACACACUAUGCAUCUAAUUCACACAAACACUACAUACAUCACACAAAUGUACACGUGCACUGGCGUACAUACCAGGGUCGCAGGGGUCGCGGCUGCGACCGGGCCCGGCCCACCAGGGGGCCCGGCCGCCCCUGCGACCCGGUAUGUACGCCCAGGGCCAGCCUCUUCCCCUGGGGGGCCCAGGAGCCGACCACCACAGGGCCCACCGAGGCUGGCCCUGCUGACCCCAGCGGGCUGCCUGGCCGGUCGGGCAGGUGGGCGCGCGAGGGAGCACUCAGUGCUCCAUCUUCAGCUCCCUCGCGCACCGCAUAGGGAUGCCGGAGCCGGAAGAUGACGUCAUCUUCCGGCGCCAGCAUCCCUACACGGCGCGCGAGGGAGCUGAAGAGGGAGCACACAGGGGAAAGUGCUCCCUCGCGCGCAGGCCAGGCAGCCCGCCCACCCAGUGACCAGGAGCCCAGCAGCACCACUGGACCCCAGGGAAUCCCCCCAGCACUCCAAAAGGUAAGGAGGCUGGAGGGGAUUAUAUUUGAAAAAAAAAAUGUGUGUGUGUGUGUGUUAGUGUAUGUGUGUGUUAGAGUGUGUGUGUUAGUGUUAGUGUAUGUGUGUGUGUUAGAGUGUGUGUGUGUUAGUGUAUGUGUGUGUGUGUGUGUGUUAGAGUGUGUGUGUGUUAGUGUAUGUGUGUGUGUGUGUGUGUUAGUGUUAGUGUAUGUUGUGUGUUAGAGUGUGUGUGUGUGUUAGUGUGUCAGUGUUUGUGUUAGUGCGUGUGUUAGUGUGUGUGUCAGUGAAUGUGUCUGUUAUUGGGUGUGUGUCUGCUAGUGAGUGUGUUACUGUGUGUGUCUGUUACUGAGUGUGUUUGAUGUCUGUUAGUGAGUGUGUGUUUGUCAGUGAAAGUGUAUGUAUGUCUGUCGCUGAGUGUAUCUCUGUCAGUAAAUGUGUGUGUCUGUUAGCUAGUGUGUAUGUGUCUGUUCGUGAGAGUGUGUGUGUGUGUGUGUCUUCAGCAUUUACCUUUCUCCAGCGUCGGUCUCCCCAGUGUCUGCCACUCAGCUCCGAAAUGCACAUGCGCGGCAAGAGGCGCGCGCGCAUUUAAACCGCCCAUAGGAAAGCAUUACUCAAUGCUUUCCUAUGGACGUUCAGUGUCUUCUCACUGUGAUUUUCACAGUGAGAAUCGCGGAAGCUCCUCUAGCAGCUGUCAAUGAGACAGCCACCAGAGGCUGGAUUAACCCUCAGUGAAACAUAGCCGUUUCUCUGAAACUGCUAUGUUUUCAGCUGCAGGGUUAAAACUAGAGGGACCUGGCACCCAGACCACUUCAUUGAGCUGAUGUGAUCUGGGUGUCUGUAGUGGUCCUUUAAGUGUGUGUGCAUACCGCGGUCGCGGGGUCGCAGCCCUGCAACCCCUGCGACCAGGUGCCCGCCACCAUGUGUUGUGACCCCGACCCGCGCUGAGUAAGCGCGCGGGGGGGGCCCACGGAUCAAUUUUUGCACCGGGGCCCCAUGGGUCAUGUGUACGCCACUGUACACGUGCAUUCAUGACAUACACCCCAUCAACUUUAUACACACACAGUCUGCAUCCACUACACACAUUCUACAUCUAUUAUACAAACACUACAUUCAGUACACACACAUUUCAUCCUUGUGGGCUGACUCAGGAUGGGCCCUGUGUGCAGCCUCGGGGUGGCCCUGUGGGAUGGACUUUAGGGCCUUGUCAGGGGUUCUGAAAUUUCUCAACCUUCUGUUUUUUUCUCCAAUAUCCACCUCACCCUACUUGUGUGUUUCUCUCUUUUUAUCCUCCUAUGAUUGAUCGGGGUGAUCUCUCUAACCCCUAUUUUCCCUCACCCCAUUGUGUUUUCUUUACAUUCUAUCUCCCCCACCUCCCCAUGUACCUCUCUUAUUCUACAUAUUUGCACUCGCCCCUUGUGUCUCUCUAUUCCCCAAUCUCUCCUGACUCCAUUUUGUCAUACAUCAAAAAUUUGGUAGUAAUUUGAAUUUGCAUCUUCCAGAAUUUGUAUAUUGUUUUUUUUAAUCUAAUAGAAAUCACAGAUCUAAUUAGUGGAAGCAAGCACUGACCAAACUUCAGCAGUCAAAUGGUACAUACAAGUAACCUAUUGUACUUAUGCAUAGGAAUAGCAUCUGUUUGAUGAACAUCCUGUUCUAAAAUCAAUUGUGAUAAGGACUAGUUACUAUAAUCUAACAGAUUACAGUUAAUAGGAGCCAUUUAAAACACUGAGGUAGGUCAUUCUAACAGCUAUAAUUUGUAAAAUCUAUGGGUUCCAAGCCAACAUGGGGGGCAUAGGGAGAAAGCAUUAGCUUCUACCAAUUAGUCAAUACUGAAAAUAGACUGGUAAUGCGAACAACUGAGUGAAUGUGAAGAAAAAAAACGAGAACGUCACAGGAUGUAGUGAGGGUUGACGUGACAGCACUAUUAUUACUUGCUGGUUAAACGGUCUCAUAUUGCUGUACAAGCACGAAUCUCAACCAUUCAUCAGAGACAACAUACCAAGCGUUAUAAAUAACUGUAGUGCUCGUACACAAAAGACUUGUGCUUUACUAGGGUGGAUAAAUAAGCUAUUCGGGGUAAGUCGCAAAGACUAGUCUGUUUCAGACUGCAGAGAAGAGCAUUUGGUGAAGUUUCUUCAUCUGGUGGGGCAAUGGACAUUGUGCUAGCGCUCCAUAUAGCACUCUCUCUCCCUUUGACAGCUGACUGAAGAUGAACAUAGUUCUCCUCUGUGUGUAGUUUACAAGACCCUUCUUCUGAACUCUAGGGGGGGAAAAAAAAUCACAAAAAAUAUAUAAAUAUUUAUAAGGCACAGCCUAAUUCUAACAUCAGAGGACAUAGCAUAUAAACUAGUGUCAUCUCACAUUCUGCAACUGUAAUAGUCUCCCAACACUUUUGCCAAGUGACUUGUGCAUUGUCUACCAGUGAUAUAAACCUGAAGUAAAUACAGUCAGUUGGAUGAAGUUGAGUUAAAUACCCCAUAGGCUUAGUCUUUUCGUUUCAAACAUAUAUAACAUUAGAACAGGCAGAAAAAAGACUUGCAUCUAUCAGGUUUAGCCUUUCUCACGUCUGUUUUUCCUGUUGAUCCAAAAAAAUGCUGUCCAAUUUCGCAACAAACCGAAACCCCUCAUAUACAGUUGUGCUCAGAAGUGACCUCAUAUACAGAUGUGCUCAGAAGUUUGCAUACCCUAGCAGAAAUUGUGAAAUCUCGGCAUUGAUUUAGAAAAUAUGACUGAUCAUGCAAAAUAAUGUAUUUUAUUUUAUGAUAGUGAUCAUAUGAAGCCAUUUAUUAGUUGUUUGGCUGCUUUUUUAAAUCAUAAUGAUAACAGAAAUCACCCAAAUGGCCCUGAUUCAAAGUUUACAUACCUUUGAAUGUAUGGCCUUGUUACAGACACACAAGGUGACACACACAAGUUAAAAUGGCAGUUAAGGGUUAAUUUCCCACACCCGUGGCAUUUUAAAUUCCACUUGCAUUCCAAUCACAUUCCACUUGCUUAACAGAACAUACAGUGUCAGGAAUAGUGAAUUCCUCACACUAUAGUGUUUAACUAACUAUAUUUAGGUCAUCGGCCCCUUUCUGAUCACAUGGAAAAGGUUUACUUAGCUUUUUUUUUUCCCCGGCACUGCUGAUGAUUGGAUGAUCUUAAUGAUCUUAGCCAAUUCAGUGCUUUCCCAUAGAUUGGGAGGCUAUUACGCAUGCGCAGAAAAACGCCACGCUGCGCCAAUAAGCAACGUCUCUUAGAGAUGCAUUGAGUCAAUAUAUCUCUAUGGGAAGUGCUCAGCAUCUGCAUGCAGUGCCGUGCAAUGUGCAGCACUGGAUCAAGAAGCACCUCUAGUCGCCAUCUCAGUGACUGCCACUAGAGGUGUUCCUAGGCAGCAAUGUAAACGCUGCCUUUUCUAUGAAAAGGUCGAAUUUACAGUGCUCAGCUUGCAGGGACAGACUAUAAACACCAGAAGCUACAUUUAGCUGUAGUGCUUCUAGUGACUAUAGUGUCCCUUUAAUAUUUGGAUUUAACCCAUGUCUGACAUUCGAACAUACCCCUUCAACCUCUUCUAUUUAUCUAUCCAAUGUGUAUCCAUUUAAAGGGCAACUGUCACCUCAAAACCAUUUUUAACAUAAUAAUCCCUCUCAAGAUUUGAAAGGAAAUAUAUCUCUUUCUAAAUGAAGUAAAGAGUUGUGGAUUUAAAAAAUUAUAUAUUAAUAUAUUUGCCCAUGGCACUAAAGUGGUAGCCCAAUCAACUUCUCUCCAUCAUGACAAUCUACCUGUCCUGACCCCAAGAGCCCUGGACAUUGUGAACAUUCAUUAAAUAGUCCUGUCAAAGUAGAUCAGAAAGAGAAAAUGGAGGUGUCUCAUGGAUGGUGUCUCACCCUCUGUCCUCCUAUUGUCUCCCCUUUUUCAUAGUGUGUGCUUGCCAUGUGUCAUCGGGGUAUGAUGUGUGCUUGCUGUGUGUCAUGUAUGUGCAGUGAGUGCUGGCUGUGUGUCGUGUGUGGUGUGUGUACAGAGAAAACUUAGUGCAAGUUUGGUGAAUGCUGGCUUUCAGUGACAGAUGGUAAAGUUUUAAGAUGAUGGGGCGCCAGACCCCCAGAAUUUUACUCCUGUCUGUACAGUACAGAGAUUGAGAGCAGAGCAUAAUACAGAGAUGUCUACACAUAUAUACAUAUAUAUUAUAUUUUUGUUAUUUUAUAUAUAUAUAUAUAUAUAUAUAUAUAUAUAUAUAUAUAUAUAUAUAUAUAUCAUUGAGCUGAGUACAAUACAGAGAUAACCAUGCCACAAACAGAACUAAGAAAAAAUAGGGAUUUAAUACACAGUGCUGGACACAACAAAAAAAUACCCAUACAAUACACAGAGCUGGGUAAAUAAGGAGAUACUCCUAACUAUUCCACACAGCCAGGAUGACCAUGAUGGAUUAAACAGAGCUGCAAUACAGAUAUACCCACAAAGUAAAUGUCUCAAAAUGUAGCUUUCUUUUAAAUAUUGCUGCUCUUAAGAAAUAUGUCAGAUACUCCAUUAGCUCUCAGCACAUAGUGUACACAUAGUUAAGGCAUCAAUAUACUGAUAGUUUCCAAACACUUCAGUUACCUGACUCCCUAAUAGCUCUCAGCACACAGUGUGCACGGGGUUAAAGCAGCAGAAUACUGAUAGACUCGGUAUUACCUUUGCAGAUGGCAGUAUAACUAAUCUGCAGUGGGAAUAUGUACCACUGCAGAUUAGCUAUAUUGCCAGCUGGAUGGUUAACAGAAGCAUCAAUCAGUACAGAUUAAAACACAUUGAAAUCAGAAUGAGAUCAGUCCUCUGAGUCACAGCCCCAGUCCCAUAGUUCCCCAUGCCGGCGCCAUGCACGCCAGGCUGCCUGCCAAUCAUUUUAACCAUCCCACUGAGGUCUGACCCUGAUAUAAGCACUGCUUCAGUGGUCCCUGUUAGGUCCUAGUGCCCUAUUCAUAGCACAAGUACAUCUAUUGAGGCGUGAGGAUGUCCAGCGUCAUUUAACGGAAUCAAACUCAGUAAAAAGCCAGUAAGUACUUCUAGAAGCUUUUUGGUAGACAGCUUCUAAAGGCAGGCUCAAUCUGCAGUGUAAACAUUGCAGUUGUUCUGAAAUUGCAAUGUUUGCAGCUGCAGGGCUAAAAUGACACGGACAUUGCACCCAGACCACUUCAAUGAGAUAUCCUAGAUUGUCCCUUUAAGGAGCAAACUUCUGGAAUAAAAGGGAAUCAUGACAUGUCACACAUGUCAUGUGUCCUUAAGGGGUUAAAAGAGAUGGUGGGUAUGUACAGUAGGAGUUAUUAGAACUAUUAGUGACAGGCAGCACAGGGCUUUGUGUCAGAAAUGGCCCCCUCACCUUGUCACCCCUGGGCAUUUCUGGAUUUAUGUAUUUGAGUAAAUUCCCUUGCGUAAAUCCCCCAGACCAUGGGACUACUGGGAAAAAGAAAUAUAUAUAUAUAUUAUACUUGUAUUUGGCAAGGGCCAAGAGCUGCUUCUCUACUUUAUUUUUGCUGCUUUCAAUAUGGCUUCUUGAUUCUCUCUCCUAAAGGGCACUGUAACCACACCCCCUAGUGCUAUCAGCCAAUGAUUGCCCCAGAAGAGGUGAGGCAAAUAGCAUGCUGGCUCUGCUGUCCAAAUGGCAACUCAAUGGGAAUUCCUACAAACUCCUUCUUGAAAGACACUAGGCAUGUGCAAAACUUGCUGAAACAGGGCAGAUUUAAAAGCAGCCACAUUGUUUAGACAUGCCUAGAUGCUCUCAAACAAGUUUAUCCAACAGCUACAACGAGGGGCAAGGGCCCUUUAGAACUGAAACCUAUUACAAAAUUAUAGAGAUAUUAAUUUUAUCCCAUAUAUAUUUGGCUUACCACCCUCCCCUUCAGAAAAAGAAUCUUAGUGUUUCUAAAUGAUUGCAAAUAUUUUUCCCAAAUAAAAAAUGAUGGGCAAGCUUACAUUGGUUCCCAUCAAAAUUAUGAAAAUAUAUAUAAAUAAAAUGAAAGGGAUAUUCAAGGUACUAUAUCCAUUUCAUCUCACUGAAUUGGUUAUAGUGCCUAGGGUCCCCUGAGAUGUAGUGGUUAAUGCCUAGAAAGGCCCUUUAAAUUAAGAAAUGGACUUGCAUAUCUUUAAACAACAUGAGGUUUCCAUGAUUUUUUGGUCUUUAGCAGUAAUGGUCAACAUCCAUGUUCUACCAGGCUGCUUAGAAAAUGGUUAAUUCAGAUGCACACCUGUUUCCAAUCUUGGGUGUUCACAAUAAACUGGACCUUAGACACUAGAAAGGCGAUAAACAAGCAGCUAAUAACGAUAUGGGUUUACCAUUGUAACUCUCUCUUGUGUCAUAUUUACAGAGCCAGAUCUUUCUCAGCCCCCAUGUUACGAAGAGGCAUUGCUGAUGGCUGAACCACCGCCACCUUACAGUGAGGUGCUCACUGACACACGUGGUAUUUACCGAAAGAUCCUCAACCCUUUCCUAACUGUCCAGGAUGAAGUGGUAAAACCAGAGCAACCCCUGAGCCAUAAACAGCAUCUGGCAGCACCGGCACACACUCAGCCUCUUCCCGGAGCCCUGAGCUCACAGAUUCCCGUCAGCCUUUCACAGGAAGUACAUAGGCCAAGACCACCAUCCUGGGCUGGCUCCGACAUAAGUAGUGGAGGACUGCACAGACUGCCUGGGGGCUGCCAGCUCAUCUUCCCUAUUCCUCUUCUGGGCAGGACUACAGCUGUUUAA